AUGUUUUCAUCGUCUCUAGGGACGGCCCUCGUUGGGGCAGUCCUUGCUACAAGCGUAGUAGCAUACCCUCCAGCUUACGCACCUGAAAAAUAUGCUGAUCGUAUCGAUUCUCACAAUGGUAUCUCUGCCGAUUUACAUGGCGGUGUCAAUGCCAGAACACUUUCAAACUUAAUCUGCAGUCAUGACAUUGGUUGCUCAAAGCAGAAUGAGGUUCUGUUAGAUACUGGAGUCAACGCCUCAUUGGAUGUCUUCGGUAUCCUUGACCAAGGUCUUGGUGCUGAUAUCGGAAUCAGCUUCGGAAGUGCAACAGGAGUUCAAAUCAAGUGUGUUGAUUGCCGAACAUGGGGUAGCGCCGUCGUCACAAACACAGUCGCCCAGAUUUCCGACAGCAUUAUCGAAGAGGCUCUCGAAUUCAUAGAACAUCCUUUCGAAACCAUUCUCGAGGCCGCAAGCUUGGAAUGUUUGAUCUCUUUGGAGGAGGUUGGAGGACAUAUCGAACUUGAUGUCUUCGCCGCUGAAGCCGCUACCUAUACUCUCAACAUUUUCGAAGCUGGUCUCGUUGCUAACGUUUCUCUCCUCGAUACUGUUUCCGUUGGUUUGAAUCUGUUCCUCGACUUGAUCAUCUCCGUUGAUGCAGAGGUCGACCUUUCUGCUGGUUUCGAAUUCUCUUUCCCAGAGGGUGCUUCCCUUACUGUUGAUCUCUUGGCCGGUGCCAUCAAAAACCAUGAUUUUGCCGGAGCCAUCAUGAACGACCUUCCAAUCGUCGUGCUUGCUGGUGAAGCUAAAUUCCAAGCUUCUAUUCGCGUAAGAAUUGAGGCUGGUACUACCAUCUCUCUUUUGGGAAUGGGAUACAGCUUUGAGCUUGGUGUAUAUGCCGAUAUGCUUCAAUACAUUGCCCAAAUUGGCAGCACUGCUGAUUGCUCUCUUUCCAUCACAGCUGAAUGCAAUGUUAACGUUGGUGCAUAUGCUUCUGCCGUCGCAAACCUUGACUUUGCCUCCUUCAGCGUUGCCCCAACUGCAUUCAUUACUUUGAAUGUUGCUACUCUUGCACCAAUUUGCGCUGCAAGACCAACAACAACCAUUGCUUUGGGUGCUGCAAUUACUGGAUCCGCUUCUAUUGGUGGUGGAGCUUCAGGAUCGUUAUCUGGCAUUGAAUCAGGCUCAAUCUCAGCAGGUGGUAUCAAAGCUUCUAUUACUGGUUCAAGCCCAUCUUCGUCUAGACACUACUCCAAUGGCACUAUCCCAACUGCUUCAUCUAAGGGAUCUUUGCCUAGCACAAUCACGGACGGAGCUUCAUUGACUACUUCUACUGUUUACGCUACCCAAGUUACAACCAUCACCAGCUGUGCCGCAAACGUUCUUCAUUGUCCAGCAACCCUUGCAUCUGUUGCAGUUAUUACCCAAACAGUCGUCGAUUACACCACCGUCUGCCCAGUUUCCGAGGCCGGACAAACUCCUUCAGUCUUGCCAUCAUUGACCCCCAAGGCCACCAUCAAAGUUCAACCAUCUGUCAUCCCAGCCACAGUCACCCUUACACCCAUUGCCACAGCAAGCACCUCUACUUUUGACGUCCCAACUUCAGCUGCUAUCUCUGUGACUCCUGUCGGUCCUGGUUUCCAAACCACUAACUUGGCUUCCAUCUCUUCAGCCUUGUCGACUGAACUCUUGGGUUCUUCUCCUUCGUCCCUUCCAGUUGGCUCGGGAAGUUUGACUGCUUCUAUUCCUGCUCAAAGUAGCGCUGGUGAUCUUAGUGGUAUUUCGGUUUUCCCAUCUGGUUCUUCUCCUAGUGCCUCGGUUUCUGGCAGUGGUUCGUUCCCAUCUGUUUCUGGCAGUGGUUCGUUCCCAUCUGUUUCUGGCAGUGGUUCGUUCCCAUCUGUUUCUGGCAGUGGUUCGCUCCCAUCUGUUUCUGGCAGUAGUUCGCUCCCAUCUGUUUCUGGAAGUGGUUCGCUCCCAUCUGUUUCUGGCAGUGGUUCGCUCCCAUCUGUUUCUGGAAGUGGUUCGCUCCCAUCUGUUUCUGGAAGUGGUUCAUUGCCAUCUGUUUCUGGAAGUGGUUCAUUGCCAUCUGUUUCUGGAAGUGGUUCAUUGCCAUCUGUUUCUGGAAGUGGUUCAUUGCCAGUUGCAUCAGCCUCAGCCUUAGGAAGUGGUUCAUCUCCAUCAGGCACUGCUGCUGCCUCUUUACCAUGUGUUUCAUCAGGCCCUCUUCUCUCGGGUCAAACUGCUUGCCCAGUAUCCGCUUCUACCCCAGCUCAAACUAGCGCUGGAGAUCUCAGUGGUAUCUCGGUUCUCCCAUCUGGCUCUUCGCCAAGUGCCUCGGUGUCAGGAAACGGUUCAUUCCCAUCUGCAUCUGCCGGAACUGGUUCAUCUCCAAGUGCUUCGGGCCCAGCAGGUUCUUCCCCAUCUGGCUCUGGAAGUGGUUCAUCGCCAAGUGCUUCCAGCCCAGCAGGUUCUUCCCCAUCUGGUUCUGGAAGUGGUUCAUUGCCAUCUGUAUCUGUCGGAAGUGGUUCAUCUCCAAGCGCCUCAGCUCCAUCUGUUUCUUCAACAGAUGCUUCAGGGUCCAGCGGGGUUUCUGCCACUGGUUCUUUGCCAGUUGUUUCGUCGAGCGGUGCUUCCCCAUCUUCCGUUGGAACUGGUUCAUUCCCAAUUGCCUCAGCUUCUGGAAAUGGCUCAUUCCCAAGUGCAUCAGCUUCUGGAAACGGUUCAUUCCCAAGUGCCUCAGCUUCUGGAAACGGUUCAUUCCCAUCCGGAUCAGCCAAUGUCCCAAGCCCAUCUAGCGCUUCUGAUCUCAGUGGUAUCAGCGUUACCGGAGGAUCUGCGCCAUCUUCCUCUCCAGCUCUCACUUCAUCCGAAACUGUUUACACCACUGUUAUCGUUGACUCAUACACUACAGUUUGCCCUGUCACCAUGACUCAGACUAGUGGAGGAGUAACCAGUCUUUUGACCUCUUCUACUACUUCGACUGUUUACACCACUUCGACUGUGGUUGGUACAAGCACUAUUACCACGGUUCCUUCAGGAUCGUCCCCAUCAGGAGCGUCUCCAUCAGGUACUUCUGAUCUCAGUGGUAUUAGCGUUACUGGAGGGUCUUCCCCAUCAUCAUCUGAGACUGUCUACACAACAGUUGUUGUCGAUCAAUACACAACAGUUUGCCCUGUUACCAUGACUCAAACUAAUGGAGGAACUACCAGUGUCUUGACUACCUCGACCAUUUCUACUGUCUACAGCACUACGACCAAGGUUGCCACUAGCACUGUUCAAGUUCCUGGCCCAAUUAUUUCUUCCCUGGCUGCAUCUACAUCUGAGACCGUCUACACAACAGUUAUCGUCGAUCAAUACACAACAAUCUGCCCAGUUACUUUGACUCAAACCAACGGAGGAUCUACCAGUGUUGUAACUUCAUCCAGUAUCUCUACCGUCUUCACCACUUCGACCGCUAUCGGUACACGCACCACCACAAUUUACCCUUCCGCAACUUCAGAUCUUAGUGGUAUCAGCGUUACUCAAUCUGGAAGCCCUUCAGUUACUGGCCCAGUUGUCUCUCCUCCAGCUCAAUCAUCUGAAACUAUCGUUACAACCGUCAUCGUUGACUCUUAUACUACAGUCUGCCCAGUAACUCUCACUCACACCAGCCAAGGUACUACCAGCCUUGAGACAACCACCAGCUUGUCCACUGUUUAUAGUACCUCGACUCUUCUUUCCACGAGUACUAUCACCCCAACCCCAAUCGCCCCAACACCUGCUGUUUCUCAAGGUCUUUCGACACAAAUCUAUUCAACUGUCUCAGUUGAAUCAUACGUCACAGUCUCAUCGCUUACUUUGACCAAGACCAGCCAAGGAGUUACUAGUUUGGAGACAACCACUAGAUAUUCAACCAUUUCCCUCUCCUCGACACGUUACAUUACGAAGACUAUUGCCAUUCCAAGUCAAGGAACUUCUUCCCCAAUUGCAAGCGGCUCAGUUAUCGUUCCACAAGGUAGUGCCCCAGCUUCUGCACCAUCUUCUGCACCAUCUCCAUCUCAAUCAUCUACUUCUCAGGAUUCCGGAGUGACUGGUUCUUCUCCAGCUGCUUCUGUGGUUUCUACUCAAGGUGUCCCAACCGCUUCCUCACCAGCCGCUUCCUCACCAGCCGCUUCCUCACCAGCUGCUUCCUCUCCAAUCGCUUCCUCACCAGCCUCGUCCACACAGCCCGGCUCUGGUUCAGGAAACUCUGGUAGCCAAUCUCCAUCCCUCGUUGCUAGUUUGACUGCCCCAACUGCCAGUGGAACACAGGUUUACAGCACUGUAACUGUCAUUCCCCUUGCUUCUAUUGGUUCUCAAUCAGCCAGCUCUGCCCAAGGUCAAAGCACUCCUCCACCAGCCGUUGGAUCUUCUUCGCCAUUAAGCUCCGUUGGUAUUCCAUCAGGAAGUGCAGGUUCUUCAGAAUGCGCUCAACCAUCCGUCAUUACCAUUUCCGCUUCUCCUUCUUUGAUCACUGUUACACAACCUGCCUCUAUCAUUACCGUCACUGAAACCGCAGGUCUUGGCUCGCCAUCAUCUGCUCCUGGUUACCCAGGUUCCCCUGCAGUCUCUGUUUCUUCUGGAAUUCCAGGCCAAGUUGUUUCGGUUUCCUCUUCCUCCGCUCAGGGCAUUUCAGUUGGUUCUUCGACUGUUAUCAUCCCAGGUGCUUCAUCAACUGUUGUCAUCCCAGGUGCUUCAUCAUCUGUUAUCAUUCCAGGUGCUUCAUCAUCUGUUAUCAUUCCAGGUGCAUCAUCCACUGGCGUCAUUCCAGUCUCAGGUUCCUCAUCAACUGUUGUCAUCCCAGGUGCCUCAUCAUCUGUCAUCAUCCCAGGUGCCCCAUCAUCUGUCAUCAUUCCAGGUGCCUCAUCAACAGCCAUCAUUCCAGGCCCCUCAUCCACCAACGCCAUCCCAGCCUCCGUCCCCUCAUCCACCAUCAUAAUCCCAGGCCAAGGCGGCUCCACCUCCACCCUCAUCAUCCCAGGCCAAAUCAUCCCCACCGCCACGCCCCUCUACCCCUCCGGCUCCUCAAACAGCACAUCCGGCUACUACGCCAGCGGAACCGUCUCCCUCUCCACAUCCUCUUCAACAUCCACCUCAAGCAUCUCUUCCAAAUCCAGCUCCAGCUCCAGCAAAUCCACCCCUCAAUCCUCCGUCCCUCCCACCACCCACACUUCCCCAGCAGGUAGCCCCCAAACCGCUACCCCUAGUAUGAUCGUCACGGGUUCUGCUAGCCGCUCUAGUAUUUCCCUCUCUUUCAUCGCCGUGGUGAUGGGACUUAUUGCUCUUUUGUAA